UCAAAGCCGGGGGCUCAAACCGCGGAUAGUCGACCUAAUCUGAGGUCAAUUUGUUAACUUAACUUAAAAACUCGGCGACCGGCUCUUGUGCCGUAAUAGUCUCCAGUGCGUGCGUAUAAUAAUAAAUAAAUUACACAAAGCGGAUCUCGUUAAGUGACAAAAAUAUACGAAUUUCGGUUAAUAAAUUAUUGAGAAUAGUAAAAUUUUAAUGAUCAACUGGCUGCCCUGGCUAGUGCAAUAUAAUAAAACAAACGUCAUUUAUCUUUAAUUGGGGCCAAGCUUCGUGUGCGAUCCGUCCGCAGUACGCGACUAGUUCGGCUCGAGUGCGACCGGGACGGGCCGUGGCGUUUAAUGAUCCACCGAAAUCCUACAUAAGCCCACCGUUGAGUUUUGGGGAUUUUUCUGUAUACAUAGUGCUAAUAUAAAUUAUCUGUUUAAAUAUAUUUGUUUUUCGAUCUGCCCGUCGUUCCGCUUUGUUUCACUCUAUGGUCAUUUAUUUGCUUUGUUUUUGAUUAUAAUGAAUAACGACAACAGAGAACAACAGUGAACGAAUCACCAAAACAGGGUCUUAGUAGGACCUGUUUCGUUACCGUUUUAGAAACUUUUAAGAUUCUCAUUCAAACUAUAAUUGGGUUUUGAACACCGAGUGAUGAUCGUGUAGAUCUAAGACGGCGGCAAUAAUGAUGGAGAGAUUAGAAAACCUGACUGACCCAAGCCUGUGCUUGCAGGAUUUGGUGUCGUCCACAGGUACUGAUCACCAUAAUGUCGGUCUGCAACAUGCAUCUCCGGCGUCUUUUCACCAUCCAGUCCACGACGGAAGUGCUGGCUUACACCAAGGUAUGCUGAGCCAUCACCAUGUUCAUCACCACGAUGGACACCAUCACCACCACCACGCAGCAGUACCAUGUCCACCUACGCUGCUACAUCACGAACCACUGGAAAAACUAAAAAGAGUUUGGGCAGAGACAGGAGACUUUAGAGAUAACAAUCACCAUGGUCUUACUACUGACCAUUCGUCGCAGCUGAAUUUCGGAUCAUCCAGGAGUAGAAAUCGUGAUAGGAAAGUAGGUCGACCGGAUGCGAUAGGUGCCACCGGCAUCAAAACAGAAGGCAUCGAUCAAGGUGUAGGAGUGGUCACUGAUGACGUCAAAGACUCCAAUAUCAAAAACAACAAGAACAACAAAAGACAGAGAAGGCAAAGGACGCACUUUACUUCGCAACAACUUCAAGAAUUAGAAGCUACAUUUACUAGGAAUCGGUAUCCUGAUAUGAGUACCAGGGAAGAGAUAGCCAUGUGGACGAAUCUUACGGAAGCCAGAGUCCGGGUAUGGUUCAAAAAUCGAAGAGCUAAAUGGAGAAAACGAGAAAGAAAUGCAAUGAAUGCUGCAGCAGCUGCAGCUGUUGAUUUUAAAAACGGGUUCGGUACGCAAUUCAACGGCCUCAUGCAGCCAUUUACUGAU